UAAGUCAAUUGUUCAAUGUUUUGAUAAUAUUUAUUUAGUAAGUAAACAAGAAGAAGUUACUUAUGCAACAUUUUCACGUUUACAAGCUGAUAUUAACUGUAUGAAUGAUUCAAUAAAAUAUUCAUCAUGGAAAUAUCUAUUGAAUAUAGCUUCGUCAGAAUUACCAUUAAAAACAAAUAGUGAAUUAGUUAAGAUAUUGUCGAUCUAUCAAGGUCAUAAUGAUAUUGAAGGAAUACGGAAAAGGAGAAAUAUGGAGCGAACUGAUUAUGUUUGGCAAACACUAAAUAAGACUGGCGAUCGAUAUGGAUUCUAUUUAAAAAAUACAGGAAUAAAAAAACAACCACCACCAGACAAUUUACUAAUUUUUAAAGGAUCAGCUUAUGGUGCUUUUUCUCGUGCAUUCGUUGAAUUUGUACUAACAAAUGAAGUAGCAAAACAAUUGUUGGAAUGGUCACGUGAUACAUAUAGUCCAGAUGAACAUUAUUGGGCAACAUUAAAUUACAAUCCACAUUUGAAUACUUCUGGUGGUUAUAAAGCGAAGACUGAUCCAGCUAUUUGGACUGGUCGUUAUGCUAACUGGGGUGAAAGUCAUUGUUAUGGGCAGAUAGUACGUGGUGUUUGUGUAUUUGGUUCUCUUGAUCUACCAUCUCUACUCAAUCGACAUGAGCUGAUUGCUAAUAAAUUCUAUUUACAUACUGAUCCAAUUGCUUAUCAAUGUUUAGAAGAACUUAUUUUUAAUAGAUCGAAACUUGAUUUACCAUUAAAUGAUGCAACAUUCUAUCGGCGAAUGCCGUUUUUAUUGCCAUCCUAA